CAGUCGGUUGCAGGGGGCCCACCGUGGGGCUCAGCUGCAGCCAUCUGUCUCGCAGGCCUGUCCGAGACAGCUGACAGGGAGGGGAGGCGGUGAGCCCCACAGGGGCCGAGGCUCCUUCCGACACGCCAUUUAUCUCGGAGCUUCAUCUGGCAAACCUGCUGAUGAAACGAGUCUCCUUUUCUCUCCGCCUCAUCAAUUUUCAUUCUGAUUUCAUUUUCUUUUUCCGUUAGAAGAGCUUUGGCCUUUCUCCUUGUGUAACUGGUCUGUUCCCCGUUGGCUCUGCCUCUUUCUCCGCAGCCCCGAGCCCGCCCCCCAGGCACCCCUCACGGUGCACCCCCACUGUGCACACCUUCUCUCCCCCUUAGUUCUUGGCACACGAGUCACAGAGUUGCCCUCGAGAGGCUCGCAGUCUGACACAGGAGCUGAGCACCGUACUGGAUGUGGGUUCCUCGAUGAGAAAAAGAGCAAGGGAUUAACUAGCUGGGGGUGGGGGUGGUAAUGGAAGAUUUCAGAGAAGGACAGUGUGAACUGAGAGCCCAGAGAAUUCCCAAGGUACACGAGCAGCGAGAGGGACUUCUGGGUGAGGCCCCUGCAUGUGCAGAACAGGGGGCAGGAAAGAGCAUUGCUUGCCUCUCUCUGAAGCCUCCCCCUCCUUCCGCCUGCACCUGGCUCUCAGGGACCCACUGCUGAAAUGCUGCCCAGGGGCAAUUACAGGGCGGGAGCGGGAGAGGCUGAAGGUCGGCGCUUGGCCUUGGCUGCCCCUUGGGCUGGGGGCCAGUGCAGAAUGUCUGUGAGCUGCAGUCACGCUGGGACAUCUGCAGCGCGGCUAGCAAGGGCCUCUCGACCCUUCCAAGGAGCACCUGGGCAAUGGAGGAGCUGCUCACCCCAGCCGAGAAGAGUGAGCUGUUUGUUGGGUGAGGGUGUCAGACAUUGGUGAUCUAUAAGUGGACUGAGUUCCAGAGCCUUCUAGAGUCCUGAAGACUAGAAAUAGAACCCUGAUUGGAAGCCGCAGGGAGUGCUUAGAGUUGACCCAGGAGAGGGCAGCUCCACCAAGAAGGAGUGUCAGCCUGAGAUGGAAGGGCUGCCUGCACUAGGGAGCACACAGCCAUAGGCAAGCCGUCUGGGGCAGGCCUGGUACGUGGGGGGCCUGGAAGCUGGAGACUGUGGCCCAGACAAACCCAGGGAGAUGGAAGUGGAAGAGGGCUCCACUGAAUGCCAGGCGCUUGGCAGGCAUCACCUCUUUCAAAUUUCCCCCAUGAGGGAGGUCUCUCCCCAGUUACCGAGGAGGAGCCUGGGGAGGGAUCCUUAAGGUCACCAGGAUUCAGGUGCUGACUGACUCCAAAGCCCUCUUUUGAAUGGCUGACCUAAUCUAAGGUCCCCGAGAGUCCAAGGCCAGUCCAGAGACCUGGAGAUGCAGAUAUUUCUUUCUGGAAACAAAUCCCUUCCCUCCUAAGUCAGGAAAAGGUUUUUACUGGAACAGUGACUCCUCUCACUGCAAAGUGGGAAAGAGGGCAAGGGUGGACAGGAGGACCUCGUCCUUUUCCCAAGAGAUGCCCCCCGUUUUCAUCCCUGCUCUCCUCCAGUCUCCCCAGCAUCUUCCACUCUUGGAACAGCUUCUGGCACCAGAAUCAUGGAAGCAGAAAGGGCUGGUGUGUGAGGUGCCACCGGGUUCCACUCGGGCUCUUCCACAUCCGAGCUGUGGGACGUGGGUCUGAUCCCUGGGCUCCACUGAGUUGAGGUUUCUCUUCUAAAAAGUACCCACUUACAGGGAUGUUGGAAGGGUGGGGUGAGGUAUCUAAUGGGCCAACAAAUAGUAAUCCGGCAUACAGAAAGCACUCAGGAAUGUUGUAUCUUCCCUCUGACACUGAUUUAUAUCAUCCUUCCUGUGGUGUCAACGAGAGUUGAAGGGACUCACCUCAGUCAGAGAGGCCCUGCAGACUCAUCAUUUCCAAGCUUUUAUAGCUGCAACUCAAGGGCAAAAAUGUAUGAUUUUGCAUACAAAUGUAUGAUUUCUGACUGUGUGCAAGUGUGUGUGCGUGUAUAAAACAGAAAGAAAAACGUUUCUUAAAACAUUGCUUCCUCUAGCUGCGUACCACGCACUCUAUUGUCUAUUUCAUUUUUUUAAUGCACAUUGUUAUCCACUUUAGACUGUUUUCAGGACCCACUAAUGGGUUGCCGCUCAUAGUUGAUGGCUGUAAACACCUCCCACCCUCUACACUGCCCUAGGUUCUGAGAAGACAAAAAUCAGUACCAAACCAUCCCUUCCUCCAGGAACUGGCAUCCUGGUUGAGAAAACAGGCUACUGAAUGGCGGCUGCCCUGACGAGAGAGCAGACCCGGCACCUGUAGACCAGGAUGGAGCGCUGUUCCCAGGAGGGCAGGAAAUGGUGCCCUCCCGUCCCUGCAUAGAAUGACUGCCCUGGGGGGGCGGUUCCCUGGGUCCUGGCCGGGCUGCUGAGCUGCCAAGAGCACUGGGACGCCAGACUCUUCUUGUGGAUGGUCCCCUGCCCUGCAGCUCCACCAUGAGGCUCCUCGUGGCCCCCCUUUUGCUAGCAUGGGUGGCUGGUGCCACUGCCACUGUGCCCGUGGUAGCUUGGCAUGUGCCCUGCCCCCCUGGGUGUGCCUGCCAGAUCCGGCCCUGGUAUACCCCCCGAUCGUCCUACCGCGAGGCCACCACUGUGGACUGCAAUGACCUAUUCCUGACGGCUGUCCCCCCAGCACUGCCUGCAGGCACGCAGACCCUGCUUCUGCAGAGCAACAGCAUCGUCCGCGUGGACCAGGGUGAACUGGGCUACCUGGCCAAUCUCACGGAGCUGGACCUGUCCCAGAACAGCUUUUCAGACCCCCGAGACUGUGAUCUCCGUGCCCUGCCCCAGCUGCUGAGCCUGCACCUGGAGGAGAACCAGCUGACCCGGCUGGAGGACCACAGCUUUGCGGGGCUGGCCAGCCUGCAGGAACUCUAUCUCAACCACAACCAGCUCUACCGCAUCGCCCCCAGGGCCUUCGCAGGGCUCGGCAACCUCCUACGGCUACACCUCAACUCCAACCUGCUGCGGGCCGUGGACAGCCGUUGGUUCGAGAUGCUGCCCAGCCUAGAGAUCCUCAUGAUCGGCGGCAACAAGGUGGAUGCCAUCUUGGACAUGAACUUCCGGCCCCUGGCCAACCUGCGCAGCCUGGUGCUGGCGGGCAUGAACCUGCGGGAGAUCUCUGACUAUGCCCUGGAGGGGCUGCAAAGCCUAGAGAGCCUCUCCUUCUAUGACAACCGGCUGGCCCGUGUGCCCCGGCGGGCGCUGGAGCAGGUGCCGGGGCUCAAGUUCCUAGACCUGAACAAGAACCCACUCCAGCGGGUGGGGCCCGGGGACUUUGCCAACAUGCUGCACCUCAAGGAGCUGGGGCUGAACAACAUGGAGGAGCUAGUCUCUAUCGACAAAUUUGCCCUGGUCAACCUGCCCGAGCUGACCAAGCUGGACAUCACCAACAACCCUCGGCUCUCGUUCAUCCACCCCCGAGCCUUCCGCCACCUGCCCCAGAUGGAGACCCUCAUGCUCAACAACAAUGCUCUCAGUGCCUUGCACCAGCAGACCGUGGAGUCCCUGCCCAACCUGCAGGAGGUGGGUCUCCAUGGCAACCCCAUCCGCUGCGACUGUGUCAUCCGCUGGGCUAAUGCCACCAGCACCCGCGUCCGCUUCAUCGAGCCCCAGUCCACGCUGUGUGCCGAGCCCCCGGACCUUCAGCGCCUCCCAGUGCGGGAGGUGGCCUUCCGGGAGAUGACGGACCACUGCCUGCCCCUCAUCUCCCCCCGCAGCUUCCCCCCGCGCCUCCAGGUGGCCAGCGGAGACAGCCUGCUUCUGCACUGCCGGGCGCUGGCCGAGCCCGAGCCCGAGAUCUACUGGGUGACUCCUGCGGGGGUUAGGCUGACGGCCACCUGGGCGGGCCGCAAGUACCGGGUGUACCCCGAGGGGACGCUGGAGCUGCGGAGGGUGACAGCGCGAGAAGCAGGGCUGUACACCUGUGUGGCCCAGAACCUGGUCGGGGCCGACACGAAGACGGUCAGUGUGGUGGUCGGCCGGGCCCCCCUGCAACACGGCAGAGACAAGGGGUGGGGGCUGGAGCUCCGGGUUCAGGAGACCCAUCCCUACCACAUCCUGCUGUCUUGGGUCUCCCCACCCAACACAGUCUCCACCAACCUCACCUGGGCCAGCGCCUCCACCCUCCAGGGCCACAGGGCCACCGCGCUGGCCCGCCUGCCACGGGGCACCCACAGCUACAAUAUCACGCGCCUCCUUCAGGCCACGGAGUACUGGGCCUGUCUGCAGGUGGCCUUUGCAGACGCCCACACCCAGUUGGCCUGUGUGUGGGCCAGGACUACAGAGGCCACCUCUUGCCGCAGAGGCUUAGGGGACCGGCCCGGGCUCAUAGCCAUCCUGGCUCUCGCUGUCCUCCUGCUGGCAGCUGGGCUGGCAGCCCACCUUGGCUCCGGCCAGCCCAGGCAAGGCGUGGGUGGACGGCCUCUGCUCCCAGUCUGGGCUUUCUGGGGCUGGAGCACCCCUUCUGCCCGGGUGGUGUCGGCACCCCUCGUCUUGCGCUGGAAUCCAGGGAGGAAGUGGCCCAAGUCCUCCGAAGGGGAGACUUGGUCCCUGCCAUUGUCACAGAAUUCCUGAAGCUCAGCCUGUUCUCGGCAGUAGAGAAAUAACUCGGACUACUUUUUACCAAAAGGGAAGCAAUCUGGGCCAGAUGCCCUGCCAGGAAAUUGACCUGGACCCACGUGCUUGAGGCCUGGCAGCUGAAACGAGACAACCAGCUUCGAGCUCCAGGGGUUGCCCCUGCAGCCUCCAGGAACCGCCCUUACCUUCUGGGGGCACCUCUGCUGCCGUUCUGAGGAGCAGCUCCAAGGAGCAAGAAGGACUCUGGCUAGAGCCGCCUACCUCCCCAGUUGGCUCUGUGCCCGGAGAGCCCUGGGCCUCUGCCUGGAUGUCCCCUGCCUGCGUCCCCAGGCCCCCGGCCCACAGGAGGCACCCCCUCCUCUUCCCUGUCUCUGUGCAGUCUCAGUUGCUUGCUCCUUCCCCCACCCUGGGCAAAGGCUGAAGGCUUCUCCUCCCCACCUGGGGCGGGGGAGCUGCGCCCCACGUGGGCCCCCCAGGCCUCUCUGGAUUGAAAGGACGUGUGGAAGAGGGAUGCCCAGGAACAGCUCUGCCCGGCAGCUGGCUUGCGCUGACAGUGACUUUCUGUAGGCAAUUUUGUAUCUUCGUGGAGAAACGUGUCACUUCCCCUCAACUCAGUUUUGCUCCUGUUUUGUAAAAAAUAAAAAUAAGAAUAACAAUAAUACGGGGGGGGAAGGGAACAAAAG